CAGAGCCCAGAGAAGUUAGGGAGGUCGAGCAGGGAAGGGUCGGUAGAAACCUCGAUCAGAUUUCCUUUCCGCUCGUCCUUGUCGCUUGGACCCAGGAGGAACGUCCCUGCUUGCGUCUAGGGGCGGACGGUGAACGCGCUGCGCACGGCCCCGCCAGGGCUGGUAGUUUGCAGACCGUCCCUGCCGAGGCCCGCUCGCCCGGCAGCCCUGCGGCUCCCGCGGUGGCGGCGGCGGCGGCCCCAGCCUCGAUCCAGUCCAGGUAGCGGUGCCUCAGGCUCUGGGGGCGCUGUGACCCCGCUCCUGGCUGCGCCUGGGACCCCCCUGCCCCCCCAGAGCACAGCUGUUGGAGAGUGACCCCGAAUGCUGCUGAUGGUGCUUCUGUUGCUUCCCUACUAGCAGGAGUGAUUCUUCACCGGAAGUGGACUUUGGAGGGGGGCUCAUUAGACCAGCAGAAUGGAAGCCAGGCAAGGAAAUCAGCUGACUCAGGAGCCGGAGUGAGAGCCACCGCACCCUCCGCCCCAGCCUGCACCAUGAGCUUGCCUUCACCUUCCGCGCGUUGAGAGCCAACAGGAGGGGUGCAUUGCUAGAGAGAGAUGGCUUUCUUUACUCCCUGGAAGUUGUCCUCUCAGAAGCUGGGCUUUUUCCUGGUGACUUUUGGCUUUAUAUGGGGGAUGAUGCUUCUACACUUCACCAUCCAACAGCGAACUCAGCCGGAGAGCAGCUCCAUGUUGCGGGAGCAGAUCCUGGAUCUCAGCAAAAGGUACAUCAAAGCACUGGCAGAGGAAAACAGGAACGUGGUGGACGGGCCCUAUGCUGGCGUCAUGACGGCUUACGACCUGAAGAAAACCCUUGCUGUGUUACUGGAUAACAUCUUGCAGCGCAUUGGCAAGCUGGAGUCGAAGGUGGACAAUCUCGUCAAUGGCACAGGAGCAAAUUCUACCAACUCCACCACAGCUGUCCCCAGCUUGGUAUCGCUUGAAAAAAUUAAUGUGGCAGAUAUCAUUAAUGGAGUUCAAGAAAAAUGUGUAUUGCCUCCUAUGGAUGGCUACCCCCACUGUGAGGGGAAAAUCAAGUGGAUGAAAGACAUGUGGCGUUCGGAUCCCUGCUACGCAGACUAUGGAGUGGACGGCACCUCCUGCUCCUUUUUUAUUUACCUCAGUGAGGUUGAAAAUUGGUGUCCUCGUUUACCUUGGAGAGUGAAAAAUCCCUAUGAAGAAGCUGAUCAUAACUCAUUGGCGGAAAUCCGUACGGAUUUUAACAAUCUCUACAGCAUGAUGAAGAAGCAUGAGGAGUUCCGGUGGAUGAGACUUCGGAUCCGGCGAAUGGCUGAUGCGUGGAUCCAAGCGAUCAAGUCUCUGGCAGAGAAACAAAACCUUGAGAAGAGAAAACGGAAGAAAAUCCUUGUUCACCUGGGGCUCCUGACCAAGGAAUCUGGCUUCAAGAUUGCGGAGACAGCAUUCAGCGGUGGCCCCCUUGGUGAAUUGGUUCAGUGGAGUGACUUAAUUACAUCUCUCUACCUACUGGGCCAUGACAUCCGGAUCUCAGCUUCACUGGCUGAGCUCAAGGAGAUCAUGAAGAAGGUUGUUGGAAAUCGGUCUGGCUGUCCUACUGUAGGAGACAGGAUCGUUGAGCUUAUUUAUAUCGAUAUUGUGGGACUUGCUCAAUUUAAGAAAACUCUAGGACCAUCCUGGGUUCAUUACCAGUGCAUGCUCCGAGUGCUAGAUUCCUUUGGAACAGAACCUGAGUUCAAUCAUGCAAGUUAUGCCCAGUCGAAAGGCCACAAGACCCCCUGGGGAAAAUGGAAUCUGAACCCGCAGCAGUUUUACACCAUGUUCCCUCACACCCCAGACAACAGCUUCCUGGGCUUCGUGGUGGAGCAGCACCUGAACUCCAGCGACAUCCACCACAUUAACGAGAUCAAGAGGCAGAACCAAUCCCUUGUGUAUGGCAAAGUGGAUAGUUUCUGGAAGAAUAAGAAAAUCUACUUGGAUAUCAUUCACACGUACAUGGAAGUGCACGCUACUGUUUAUGGCUCCAGCACGAAGAACAUCCCCAGUUAUGUGAAGAAUCACGGCAUUCUCAGUGGGCGUGACCUGCAGUUUCUUCUCCGGGAAACGAAGCUGUUCGUUGGGCUGGGAUUCCCUUAUGAGGGUCCAGCUCCCCUGGAGGCCAUCGCAAAUGGAUGUGCUUUCCUGAACCCCAAGUUCAGCCCUCCCAAAAGCAGCAAAAACACGGACUUCUUCAUUGGCAAGCCCACACUGAGAGAGCUAACGUCUCAGCACCCUUAUGCAGAAGUCUUCAUCGGCCGGCCACACGUCUGGACUGUGGAUCUGAACAAUCGAGAGGAGGUUGAGGAUGCAGUAAAAGCCAUCUUAAACCAGAAGAUUGAGCCGUAUAUGCCGUAUGAGUUCACGUGUGAAGGGUUGCUGCAGAGAAUCAACGCAUUCAUAGAGAAGCAGGACUUCUGCCAUGGCCAGGUGAUGUGGCCUCCCUUGAGCGCCUUGCAGGUGAAGCUGGCUGAGCCUGGGCAGUCCUGCAAGCAAGUGUGCCAGGAGAGCCAGCUCAUCUGUGAGCCUUCCUUCUUCCAGCACCUCAACAAGGAAAAGGACUUGCUGAAGUACAAGGUGACCUGCCAAAGCUCAGAACUGUACAAGGACAUCCUGGUGCCAUCCUUCUACCCCAAGAGCAAGCACUGUGUGUUUCAAGGGGAUCUCUUGCUCUUCAGUUGUGCGGGGGCCCACCCCACACACCAGAGGAUCUGCCCCUGCCGGGACUUCAUCAAGGGCCAAGUGGCCCUAUGCAAAGACUGCCUAUAGCAUAGCUAUCCUGAAUUCAUUCCGAUGGGAAAGAGGUGGCUCCGCUGGGCAGGGCCAGGGGGCCGAAGUCAUUCAGGGACUCAGACCAGAGCCCGAACUCUUUGGUCCAGGGCUUGGAUUUGAUACUGCUCCAGCUGCAGCCAGUGCAUCCCAGGAGAUUACACCAAAACCGCAAGAGAACAGAGGUCAGACCGGGGGCCUGGCUUCUCCCUGGUGCAAUGAAUGUCCUCUCUGUCCCGGAAAGUGUCCAGGCAGCGGCUCCUCCCGGGUUACUUUUUU